CGUCGUUCUCGUGCUUGCAAGCGUGCCAUGUCGUCACCGCCCAGAGUAUUUUAGACCGCUUCCCCUGCAUUUUGCUGGGCACCAGUCGCCUGAGACUGAGAGACAAGAGAUCACAGGAGGACGACAGCCGCAUUAGCAUACGCUCCAGUGCUCCACCACACGUUUAAUCUAGUAGCGUUAAAGCACUUCCUAAUAAUUUCGUCGCCGCCUCGGGAGAGACAGAGAGAGAGAGAGAGAGAGAGAGAGGGACAGUGUGCUGUGGAGGUUCCCGACGAGAGGAGAGAGAGAGAGAGAGAGAGAGUGGCGUCGACGACGACGAGCUUGAGCUUGAGCUGUGCAGCAACUGGGAGGUAUGGGGAGGAGUAAACAAAGAGGGGGCAGCAUAGGAAAAGACCACCGGACGCCCUCGUGAAGCCCAGCUUUUCGUGCCGCGUUCAGCCUCCUCCGCCAGCGCGCGAGAUUCUCUCCAUCCGCCCAGGCCCCAGCACAGCAAUGCCGCGCCGCUGGCUUCUUCUGGCUCCCUGCGCGCGGCUGGGCUGCCGUCGGGAUCGCCGCGGCAACGGCCGCGCCCGGCACGUGUUACAAAAACCGGCCGUGCACCAGCCGAUCAUCGGCAGUUGUCAAACUCCCCCCGCGCUACAUCUCGGAGAGCCACCGCCAAAGCUUCGAGGCGGGCGGCGGCUACGGCUGGUACUUUCGUGAUUAUUUCGCUAAACACACUUUUAAGUUGUCCGCUGUACGGCAGUAGAUUACACUGUUAAAUAGUAGAAUGAGACAUAAGACGAGAGACAGUCUUACAGUUCUCCAGUCUAUUUUACCAAUUCGAUUUUUUUUCUGCAAAUAAAGUUAGUUACUAUAUGCUUUUUAUGUGCUCAAAAGUUUUUUUUAACAAUAAUAACAUUGACCAUAAGCCAGCCGGUCUACGUGUGUGCAGUCUUCCUAUACUCUCCAACAAUAGCUCUAAAUUUCGUCCUCUAAAAAAAUAUUCUCUAAAUUUUACAAAAUUCUUUAAAAAGUUUCAUCCUAUACAUUUUUUUAUCUCCAACAACGUUCUCUAAGUUAGGUCUUCUAUGUCUACAGUGUUAACAGACUUUAUUAAGGGCAUUGUUUUUUUUCAUUUCGUUAACUAUAUUAACAGUAAUUUUGACGACUCAAGAAAAUCAAUUACUCAUUCAUUUACAGAAUCACAAAAAUAAAUUAUUUAUUCAUUUACGUAAUUUUUCAUCAUUACAACUAAUUUCUAAACAUUCCUCCAUCACCACUGUAUCCUUGUGACCUCGGUGCCGUUUGGUUCAGCUUCUGGGCGGCUUCUGGCCGCCAGAAGCUGAAGCUCUAACCAAACGGCCAGCUUCUCGGGCGGCUUUUCCUCGCAGCGCUUCGAAUAGAAGCCAGCCGCCUACGGUGCCCGAGAAGCGGCCAUCAGUUGGCUUCUUGCGAACGCUUGGGAAACGUCGCUAGGGUUCUCGCGCACCCACCGCGCUGCCGUCGCUCCCUCUCCUCCCCACACCGACGGCUUCGCAGGGUUGCCGCAUGCACACCGGCGUCGCAGCUCCGUCCUGAAGGCUUCUCCCCAUUACGUCGUCGUCUUCGCAGAUUUCCGCAUCAACAGGGAUUCUUGGACUUCGGUUCCAACAUCCACUGCAGCGAAGAUGGACAAGUCUGGCAAAGUGAUUGCUAAGUGGGAUAGUAGAGCAACAAAAAUUUUCACAGAAAUUUGUGUAGAAGAGGUCAAUGCACGGAACAGGCCACAACAUUUCCUAAACACCGAAGGGUAUGCUAACCUCAUAAGAAAGUUUAAGGAACGCACUGGUCGCACUUACACAAGGGAUCAAAUGAAGAAUAGGUGGGACUCCUUGAAGAGAAUGUUCACCCAGUGGAAAACUCUUAAUGAAAGGGCUACAGGUCUUGGUCGAGACCCUCAUACUGGUUCAAUCAGUGCGCCAGAUGAGUGGUGGGCUAAGCAAAAUGAAGCAAUGCCAGGUUGUAUUAUGUUCAAAACACCCCCCCUAGAGAAUGAGGACGAGCUAAAGGUUAUGUUUGGACCCAUUGUCUGCACAAAUGAAAGAACCCUUGUUCCUGGCGUCGAGGAUGCUAAUUCAUCAUCUGACGAUCAUUUGGAAGCCACUUUAGGUGGGGGUGAAAACAACACACCUGACCCAUGCACAAAUGCGACUGGGAAGCGUAAGAUGCGACAUGAUUCUCCAAAACCAAAGAAGAAAAAAGAUUCGAGGGAAGAGUACAUGAAACGCCUAGUGGAGGCUUUUGAGUCGCGUUCAAUGACCACUAACAAGUCCAUUACCUCUGCUGACACGGACCCAGUUCGUGUUGAGGUUAUUGCGCAAUUGCAACAAGUGAUCGAUGAUGGAUCACCAGAAGGCAGCGACCUACAUUUGUUUGCCACUCAUCUGUUGAUUGAGAAAAAGUAUAGAGAUGUAUUUGCAUCACUGAAGACAAAAGAAGGAAGGAACGCUUGGAUGCGCAAAGCUUUCGAGAUAGAUCUUAAAAAGUCCAAUUAGAUGCUGGUCGUCCGACAACAGAGGCUGAUGUUGAGUAUUAUGUUAGUUGUGUCUGUUUUAUGAGUCAUGUCGUUUCACUUUUAUGAGGAUUGUCGUGUUAGAACAUAAA